UGGGGCUUUGGAUGCUGUAUAGAGGGUCUCCACAGCUUUCUCCCGAGGAUUUCCGGGGUGGGAGAGCCAACGAACGAGAGUCCGGAAGAAGAGAUUUCUGCUGCCGGGGCACAAUUGUUGCUGUUCGCUGGGCUCUAGUGACUGGUGGCUUUGCCAGGAGGCGGCUGUUGCUAAAGGAUCAUACCUGCGGAGAGAUCUCGUGUGUCCAUUGGUCAGUACGUCCGUGUGUGGAGAGUGCUCUCUGGCUGGAGCGCGGCCACACGUGAAAAGCAACCCACUUUACUACAACCUUCGCUACAGGAGAGCAUGCAGCCUGACCACCGACUAGGGGAGAAUCCUGCUACUUCCCUAGAUGAUGCAUAAUACUAUGAAGUUUUCUUGGCAAAGAUACUAGAGUGGAUGGUUGCCAUUUCCUACUUCAGUUGUUUAAGAAAUGGCUGCUUCUCUUUUGAAGACUUCAUCUCUUUCUCUAAAGACAAAACUACUACACCAAAUUGGCUUUCCAUUGUACAAUAGUUCUCAUGGUUUCCAUGAGGAAAAUGUCAAGAAGAAACUUCAGCAGUUUGCUGGUGGAUCAAUUGAUCUUCAGAAGGAAGACUGUGGCAUUGGCAUUCUCACUCUUAACAACCCAGAUAAAAGGAAUGCAUUCUCAGGAGUUAUGAUGCUACAGCUUCUAGAAAGGGUGAUUGAACUUGAAAACUGGAAAGAAGGGAAAGGCCUGAUUGUCUGUGGGGCAAAAAACACUUUCUGCUCAGGAUCUGACUUGAAUGCUGUGAAAGCUCUGGGAACCUCACAGGAUGGAGUGGAAUUGUGCAUGUUUAUGCAAAACACCUUAACAAGAUUUAUGAGGCUGCCUUUAAUAAGUGUUGCUUUGGUUCAAGGAAGAGCAAUGGGUGGAGGAGCAGAAUUUACCACAGCAUGUGAUUUCAGGCUCAUGACUCCAUCAAGUGAGAUCAGAUUUGUCCAUAAAGAAAUGGGCAUAACACCAAGUUGGGGUGGGGCUGCCCGACUGACUGAAAUCAUUGGCAGUAGACAAGCCCUCAAAGUGCUAAGUGGAGCUCUCAAACUGGAUCCUACAAUAGCCCUAGAAAUAGGAAUAGCUGAUGAGAUAUUACAGUCUUCUGAUGAAGGUCAAUCUCUAGAAGAGGCCCGAAAAUGGCUUCAACAAUUUAUCAGUGGUCCAUCAGAAGUAAUUAGAGCUUUGAAGACUGUGGUUUCAUCAGGAAAAGAACUUGCUUUAGAAGAGGCAUUAGAGACUGAAAGAGAUGUUUUAAGCACUCUUUGGGGUGGACCUGCUAAUUUAGAGGCUAUUGCCAAAAGGAAAAAAUUUUACAAGUAGUUUGUAAAGAACAUGAUAAUUGCAAAUUCUUCCCAUUGAAAAAUGUUUAAAUGUCAAAAAUCAUUAAAUAUAUAAGCCUUUUAGUAACUUUUCUAUACAGGGCAAAAAAUACACAUAUUACACUAAAUCUAUGAUUAAAAGUAUAUUUUAAAUCAGGAAUUAGAUUGUUCUCUGAUUUUUUAUCAAAUUGUUUUUUCAUUUAAUAAUAACUAAGAUCAGAAGACAUCUAUCAAUGUCAUAGACCCCCUCAGUGUAACACACUUCUUUCUUUUUAGAAGAAAGGCAGGGUGCCUAUAGGUGCCAAAUAAUAUAUCUAUAUAGGCUGGGAAAUGAGAUUGUUACAUUUUGCUUUUUGUUACAAAGGAUAUAAUUAAAUGAGAGAGGGAAAAUUGGGAAAUGACUGGUAUAAAAAGAAACAAGGGGCAUUGAUAAAGGUUUUUAAAAAUCUGUGCAGAAAAAGCAGCAGCAUGGUGUAGCAUAUAAAAAACUGGAUUUAUAGUUAGAAUUAAAAUCUCACAUUAGAAACAA